CACUACACUGUGGAGCUGCUGCUCAUAUGAUGAGCUGCCUGAAGAAGCCAUAGCAGUGAAAACAGGAUCAGGACUCAAAUGAUUACCAUAAAGAUGAGCGAUGGACAGCCAGCGGACACAGCAGAGCCAAACACCAGCCCGGAGGAGCAGGAGGAGGGGGGGGGCAACAGUCUGGACUGGCUCCUGAAAACAAACAGCUCAGAGAGGAUUCCUGCUCCUAUGGACACCAACGUCUCCAUAACUAGACAGAGUACUCCAGGUAUUGACAGCUUCUACAGUAAAGCCUUCAGCAGGGAGAAAGUGUUUGAAGCAGCCUCCACAGGAAACACCUCUCAGCUGGGCGGGCUGCUCGACUACCUGAGAGUUCAUGAUAAGAAGCUCACGAGCCCAGAAUUCACAGAUGAGACAAAUGGGAAAACGGCGCUGCUGAAGGCUCUGCUGAACCUGAAAGAUGGCAGGAAUGACACAGUGGAAGUCCUCCUGGACAUAGCUGAGAAAACUUCAGAUUUAGAAAAUCUAAUCAACGCAUCGUACAAAGACCCGUGCUACAAUGGUCAGACAGCCUUGCACAUCGCCAUAGAGAGAAGGAGCUUUGACCAUGUGACUCUGCUGGUGCAGAAAGGAGCAGAUGUGCAAGCCAAAGCCAACGGGAAGUUCUUCCAGCGUCAUGCAGGACUGGGCUUUUAUUUUGGAGAGCUCCCCCUCUCCCUGGCCGCCUGCACCAACCAGCCCAGCACCGUGUCCUUCCUCAUGGAGAACUCCUGCAGAAGAGCCGACUCCACCGACAGAGACUCGAAAGGAAACACCGUCUUACACGCCUUGGCAGUCAUAGCAGACAACACGACAGAAAAUACAGAAAUGAUUGCCAAGAUGUAUGACCAGAUCCUUACUCAGCAAAACAAGCUUGAGAAGAAAGUCCAGUUGGAAACGAUAGAAAACAAUCAGGGACUGACCCCCCUGAAGUUAGCAGCUAAACUUGGAAAAAUCGGGCUGUUCAGGCACCUGUUACAGCGGGAGUUUGAGGGAGAGGAGAUGAGGCCGCUCUCCAGGAAGUUCACUGAAUGGGUCUAUGGUCCAGUGCACUCCUCUCUGUACGACAUGAGCUCCAUCGACACCAACGAACACAACUCUGUGCUGGAGCUGAUCGUCUUUGGGAGUGAAAUACCGAAUCGUCCGGAGAUGUUGCAGAUCGAGCCUCUGCGCAGUCUUCUCGAGUAUAAGUGGGACAGGUUUGCUUCCAAACUGUUCUUGAUUAAUUUCUUGGCGUACCUGAUAUACCUCACCAUCUUCACCACUGUGGCUGUCUACAGAAAGGAAGGACAGCCCCCGUUUCCCGUUGGAGCCGACCUGCUGGACAUCCUGCGCAGCGUCGGAGAGAUCCUCAGUGUCCUCGGAGCAGGCUGGUUCUUCUAUAAGUCGAUAACUAUUUUCAAGAGGAACCCCCCCACCUUCAAGGCUCUCUACACAGAUGGGUUCUGUGACAUCCUGUUCUUCCUGCAGGCGACCCUCCUCCUGCUCUGCCCCGCUCUCUACCUCAGUGGGCGGAGGGAGUACGUUGGUCUGCUGGUGCUCUCUCUGGCUCUGGCCUGGAUCAACGUCCUGUACUACUCAAGAGGCUCCAAACAGAUGGGGAUGUACAGUGUCAUGAUACAAAGAAUGAUCCUGGGUGACCUGCUGCACUUUCUAUGUGUCUAUAGUGUCAUGCUUUUUGGAUUUUCUGCUGCUAUUGUUGCUCUCAUGGACGACUCCCCUCCAGCUCAUAAAAACAACCCCAACACGGCGGCUCAUGGGAGGGGCUUCGGUGUGGAGCCGUUCAAGUGCGAGAAGCCGAGUUACAAUGACAUCAGUUUCACUACUCUGGAACUGUUCAAGUUCACGAUUGGGAUGGGAGACCUGGAGUUCACCGACCUCGUUCAAUACAAGGAGGUGUUCUACAUGUUGCUCAUCCUGUACAUCAUCCUCACCUACAUCCUGCUGCUCAACAUGCUCAUCGCUCUGAUGGGCAACACAGUGGAAAGAAUCUCAGAAGAAAGUGAAAACAUCUGGAACCUGCAGAGAGCUUUCACAAUUUUGGACAUGGAGAGGACUCUGCCGAGGUGCCUGAGGGAGAAGCUGCUCUGCGGGGUGUCCAAGGUGGUGUGCUUGAAAGGCUCGCGGGACGAGAGUCGCAGAUUCUUCAGGGUGGAAGAAAUGAAUUGGAGACAGUGGAGGACAGAUGUUGGUCAUAUCCAGGAGGAAGACCCUGGGGACAGGAUGAUGAAGCCACAGCCCCCCGAGCAGACCCCUGGGAACCGGUGGAACCUCAGUCCGCUCCUGGAGAGGCUGCGUGGCAGACGGCGCCACCCGCAGCCGAGCAUCACCUCCAGAUCCUUUCAACCAGGGCUACCAUUCUGAACACUCAUAUAUCCAUGUACUUCUGAGCAUUUCUUUGUAGCCAGAGAAAGAAUAAUAGUUUGUACGGUUGAGAAACAUAAACUACAGAUGAUCCCAGCUAUAACUACACCUCUAUAAACACAGGGGCUGUUUUCAAUGGUAGUUUGUAGGUAGGUCAUGGCUGUGGAUUGUUUUAAUGUAUUUGAUAAAAGAGUUAACUAAUAAAUGUAUACUUUGA